AAAACCAAACGCUCCACAGUGAACGAGAAAUUUCGAUAAAUUUAAGUGAAAAAAUUUAAAUAAUAAAAUUACAAAUAUGUAAGCAGAAACUGACUGACAGACAACAUAGAAGCGGCCGCCCAAUUCCAAGGCCCAAAAACAAAAAGUAAGCAUUGGAAUUAUCAUAUGCAGGCCAGCAAUUUCUUCUAAAUCCCUAUAUAUACACCUCAAGCAUUUAACAAAACUUUCAAGUUUCUAAUCCAAUUCACUAUUUUUCUCAUUUUUUCUGUUUUAUUACAACUUUUAAAUUGCUUACAUGGCUAGCUUUCUUGCAUCCCCUACAUUGCAAUUGGGCACCCUCCCCAGCAACCCCAGGGUCAGUGCCCCCACUGCCCAGAAAAAGAGCUUCUCCAUCAAUGGAGGUCCUUUAUUUUUGGGGCUAAAACAUGUACCAAAAAUCCAAUUGUCCAAGGCAACUAAGGCUUCUUCUUCCACUAGGUAUAGAUGCUUCAGGACUACCAUUUCAUGCUCUGCUCAACCUGAAACCCUGAAUAUAGUUCAGAGCACCAUUGCUAAGCAGUUGUCUAUCGAUGAAAGCACAGUGACUCCUGAAACCAAGUUUGCAGACUUGGGAGCUGACUCCCUGGACACAGUGGAAAUAAUGAUGGCUUUGGAAGAACAAUUUGGGGUCUCGAUCGGAGAAGGGGGAGCUGAGAACAUUGUCACUGUUCAAGACGCUGCAGAUCUCAUUGAAAAAGUGCAGGCAGCUUCUGCUUAAAUCAGAGAACUUACAUAAAUACAUUGAGAACAGAUAUAUCUUGUUUGUUUUUCUUUACUGCCACGAGAGAAAUCCUGCAAUGUUAUUUUGCGGGUCGCAAUUUUUCUUUGAAAGUUUCCAGUUGCUUUACUCUACAGUUACUCAUUUGUUUCCUUUCCAUAGCAAAAAGAAAAUAUAACUAUGUCUGAGCAUCAUUUAGACUUUUAAUCAUUUGUACUUUUCUUUUUCAAUGUAUAAAUAAGAGAAGCUGAGAA